AUGGCAUUACUCGAUCCUUCAAAUCGUUCACUCAAUGUGCCCGAAUUUCCAGCACGUAAUGGGCCACAACGACUUGCAGCCGCAGCGACAAAGCAACCUCGAGGACGACAGAAAGUAAUGCUCGAACCAGGACACUCGCCGCUGGACUGGGCACGAUUGAAAAGCUCGGGCAAAGAUCUUCGAGGAGUCAGUCAGCUGGGCAAAUACACACUGGAGGAUCUGAAACAGCACAAUACGAUGGAGGACGCUUGGACGGCUAUCCAAGGCAAAGUUUACAAUAUGACGCCGUACAUGAAGUUCCAUCCCGGCGGUGUCAAGGAUUUGAUGCGUGUGGCUGGUCGUGAUGGCACCAAACUGUUUAUGCUGACGCAUUCGUGGGUCAAUGCCGAGUUUAUGCUGGAUGCAUGUUUUGUGGGCUUCCUCGUACAGUCCUCCUAA